GGCAGACACACACUGCAGUCACACACAGCAUUACCCAAUCUUUACAAUCGCAACAGCAGGGAUGCUGUGUGAAAGUAGGUUAUGGCAUAUGACUUUUUGCUCUGACUCUGAGUGUAUGGAUCCUCCUACUUGCCACUCAGUCACUGCUCCUAAAACUCCUCCACUGACCACCAGCUUGUCAGCACAAAUUGAAGUUCCAGUCCAUUGCUCUCCCAGCAGCCCUUCUCAAGAGCUCCAGACCCAGCAUGGCAACUCUCAGCCUCUUUCUGCACCCCUGGAUUGCCGAAAUCUUUCUCCAGGCAUGGGCAUCCCUGGCCGAGCACCAUCUCCAGGAACAGAGGCCUUUCUAGUGCCCCCCAGUUGCCACAGUAUCUGCCAGCACUACAAUGAUCUAUACAUUGCUGGAGGCCAGGUGUUGCCUCUCAGUCCAGGUGCAGGCAAUCCAGAAGGCAGUUCCUUGCAGGACCCACUCCCUGGGCCUUUCCUGCUUUCCAGAGAUGUUCCUCCCCCCUCCCUUCUUCCUCCUCUACUCCCUGAACAUAAGAAUUCCAAACGCUGGAGAGAGGGCAGUCUGCGUGAACGUCUCUCUUUGCUGCAGGAUGGUCGUCCACUUUCUAACUCAGAACUGAACGGCUACCUGGAGCAGAAACUGCUGGAGCUGUACACAGAGUAUCUGACUGAGGGUCCUAUCCUGGCAUCUGAGAUAGAGCAGAUCACGCUACAGCUGAGCCGAGAGCACAAGCUGGAGACGGGGCAGGUCAAAGACAUGCUUCUCAGCUGCCUGCUGAAGGCCACUAGCAGCCAACAGUCCAGCGAGUUCAGUACACCAAUGCUGCAGAUCUCUACCCAGACAAAGUGAAAAGGAUAGAGAGAAUGUGGAAAAGUGUGUGUGUGUGUGUUUGGGGGGACAACACAGUGAUGGGAAGUUAUAGAGCUAGAAUGAGAAGAAAAUGUGUGUAAAUUCUUUCAGUUAUACACUUAAUGUGUAUUAUAGAAAAAAGUGUGACAUUAAAUACAUUUUAGUGGCAACUUUGAAAAAAUUUUGAUGUUAAAAAACAGGAAAAAGUUGAAGGAAAUGUGACUAAAAAACAAGGAAUCAAAAUAUUAAUUAUACAAAAUGUGACACAGUUGAAUAUAUUUCCUUGGUAAGUCAGGAAGUGAAUGUAAGAUGA